UGUGGUGUUUAGUUAGAUAUGCAAAUAAUGUUCAAACCAGUUAGUGUUGAGAUUGUAUCAUAGGUUGUGCUGCGAUUUAUCGUGCUUGGUGUGUCAGUUUUAUGUGUCAUGUAACCAUGUUCUUUAAAAAGGCUGCACAUGUUUGCUAAACACAUGUUUGCUAAACUCUUUUUUUUUUUUUUAUCUGAAGGAAGAAAUAUGAUGUAUGUAAAUGUUUGAAAUUUCUCAAAUGUUUGUUCAUUUCUUAUAUCUAUUUGAUAUUUUCUUGUUUUGAACAGCCUGGGCACAUCAUAUUCUAACACACAAAUGACCACACCUCAAUUCCAUAAAGAGCAUUUAUAGGAAAUCAUAAUACCUCAAAGCCAGGUGUUUUCCUCACCCUUUGUUUCCUGCAAGAGCAAGUUAAUCCACUUUCAGUUUUGGAGUAUAAAUUAUGUUCGUAACCAGCUGCAACAGAAAGAACACAGACAUCACAAUCAGAACUUAUUCUCGGUGUCUUUAAGAGAGUACAUUUGAUAUUUCAGAAAAUUUGUAACAACCAACAAAUUUAUGGUGAAGAAAUAUGGCCUCUGACACAGAUGACACAGACGAAAUGCAAGACUGUGGCUCAGGAUCAGCACGGACCGAGUCGAGCCAGCUCAAAGAUGAUCUUCUUUCAUUUUUGAAAACUCUGGGACUUGAAAAGUAUUACCCACACAAACUAACUCUGAGGUCUUUGCUGGAGAUCAACAGUGCCAGUGUAUCUGAUGAAGAGGUUCACUCACUGCAAGCUAUGCCAUUGGCUUUCCUACGCAAGUUACUGAUGGUUAAUUCAAAUUCAAGAUCUUUACUAUCUGCACCUGAUGAAAAUAAUGAAACAGAUGACUUGUUUGGUGAGCAGGACAAUGAUGGUAUUCCAAAUCUUCUAGAUCUCUACACUGCCCUCUUUGUUUGUGCAGACAGUUUCCUCCAGCAAGAAAUGGCACUUAAAAUGUCAAUGUGCCAGUUUGCAGUCCCCUUUCUGUUACAUCAAGGAGUACAUAAUCAAUGCACUCUUAUGUUAUGGGCUCUUAGAGGUAUCCUGAAAGAAUGGCGUCCACAUUCACUGUCAGAAUCAAAAGGGUUUAUUGAAGACAGUGUUGUUCAUGCAAACAUUCCCUUCAUAUCAUUUGUGAGGCUAAGCAACUGCAGCUUGUCUAAAUCCCACAUUUUGAACCAAGUGCUUAACAAUUCACAGCAGUACCAUGAUUUCUUUUCUCAUCGAGAAAUGAUUGGAGGAUCUGCACCCAGGGUAAUCGCUAAUGGCAUGGUUGAAAUAUGCUGGAGUCUGCCAUGUGGGAAAAAGAACAUCGAUGUCUUUCCUGAACCAGUGGCUAUUGUUAAUUUAAGAGGAGAUGCUUGCACUUUUGAAACACAAUUCAGUUUCCUUACACAGGUAUCAACAGCUAUCUUUGUGUUCCUGGACAGUGUUGACAAAAAUGAGCUAAGUCUGAUUGCCUCUUUAAAAGGAAUUAAGUCCAAAAUCUUUCUUGUGGUCAACUCUCAUAGAAAUAUGAGCCAGAAUGUGAAGUCAUCUAUUGACGCAGCAGUUGAUACUCUGCAGUUGAAAAGACAACAAAUAAUUGUGAAAAGUCAAAAAGUGAAUUUGGCCAAUUUCUCAAUUAUGAUCAGUUCUGCCAUUAAAAAAUUGCUAGGUGAGCACAACCACACAUCAUGUGAAAUCAACACUAUGAAGGCAGUUGCUCAAGAAUUAGGUCUUGCCAUUGAUGAAAGUGAAAAUAGAGCCUGUGGAUCAGCAGAGAAAACAGCAGAGAAAAUCAUGAAAAGUAUUGGAGUUCGUCAAAUAGUGGAAUAUAAAAAGACACGGCUGCCACUGCAAGGUGAAAACUGGAAAAGAUUGGCUCAGAUAGAAAAAGAGCAAUGCCGAUUACAACAUGCAGGGGACUUGAGUUUGGAGGUGUAUAAGGUUCGACUUCAAAAAGAAAAAGAUGAAAUUCAGAACAAACAAAACCAGUAUAAGAUGACAGAAACAAUGGAUAUAUUAAUAAAGGCACUGUCAAACUCUGAUGAGCGAGACUUCUUUCUCAGAUGGCUGGGACUAAAGCUGGACAUGCGAUCACGCAAACACAUGUCAAACCUUCGUCACAAGUACAUAGAGUGUGAACAAAAGAAGGACAAAGAUGGUAUAGCUCGAUUAGACCAGGAGCUUCUUGAUUGUUCUCUUGGCAUAGAGCACUACAUGAGGGAAAUGGGCCAAAUCUAUGAGGCUGCUUCAUUUGAUUCAACGAAAAUGUCUGAAAAAAUUAGCAGUCUCCCUAGUCUGGCUGCCAAAAUGCUUCUGGAUGGAUUUCCUCUUGAACUACUUGAUGGAGAUGCAUCAAAUAUCCCAGAGAAAUGGGUGAGUGAUGUUCUCAUGGAGCUUCACAGGAUGGUUGGCCAGAAGAGCCGUUUGCUGGUCAUCACUGUGUUAGGGGUUCAGAGUACAGGUAAAUCAACACUACUCAACACUAUGUUUGGAGUUCAGUUUGCAGUGAGCAGUGGACGAUGCACACGUGGAGCAUUCAUGAUUUUCCAUCCUGUGGGUGAAGACUUGAAGGAGGAAUUACUUUGUGACUUUGUCCUUCUGAUUGAUACAGAGGGUUUGAAAUCACCAGCACUGGCACAACUGGAAGACAGUUAUGAACAUGACAAUGAAUUGGCCACAUUUGUGAUUGGUCUGAGUGAUGUAACCAUCAUCAAUAUAGCAAUGGAGAAUUCCACAGAGAUGAAGGACAUCUUACAGAUAGCAGUUCAUGCUUUUUUACGGAUGAAGGAAAUUGGUAAAAAAGCAGUCUGCCAUUUUGUUCACCAAAAUGUUGCUGUUGUAUCUGCACAUGAAAAAGGCAUGACAGACCGAAAAAACCUCUUGGACCAACUAAAUGAGAUGACAGUGAUUGCAGCUGAAAUGGAAAAGCAGCCUACUGUGAAGAAAUUCACAGAUGUCUUGGAUUAUGAUGUGGAAAAGAAUAACUGGUAUAUACCAGGCCUAUGGCAUGGCACACCACCAAUGGCACCAGUUAAUACAGGCUACAGUGUAGCUGUACUUGAGUUAAAAAAAAAACUCUUGGAGAUGCUUAAAGCAAGAAAAGAUGAACAACUCUCCCAGAUCCCAGAGUUCCUGCACUGGAUGAAUAGCCUAUGGAGAGCAGUGAAAUUUGAGAACUUCAUAUUUAGUUUCAGAAAUGUUCUUGUGGCCCAUACCUAUGACAACCUUUGUAAAGAGUUUUCAGAGUGGGAGUGGUCUUUCAAAAGACAUAUCUACUCUUUGCUAAGUAGUGCAGAAGUUAAAAUUUCUAACACUGAAAGCAAUUGUAUUCAUGAGGUUGUUGAACCACUUAAACAAAAUUUAGAUACAGAGAUCAUGCUUCAGACAAAAGGAAUUACUGACAAAUUGAAAGACUACUACAAAAAGAAAGACUGUAAUGUGCAUUUGGUGGAAAGGUACAAAGCUGAUUUUAUGAAUAGCAUUAAAUCUCUGGAGACUGAAAUGAAGCUUGAAGUGAGAAAGAAAUUAGAAGCUGCUGCUGAAAAGAGGAGAAACAAGGAGAAAGUAGAAGAAAUACAAAAUAAGCAAGCUGCUAUGAUUGAGUGUCAAGUUCGGCAGUUACUGCAGAAUUACAAAGAUCGUAACGAUGCAGUGUCUGAUGAUGACCUCAAAGCUGAAUUUGAGAGAAUGUGGAAUAGAGAAGUGGCAAACAUCACUUGUCCAAAAGAAAGGGAUGUUCCUGCUGAUGUUUUAAAGCAACUGCGAGCAAGUUUAGUCAAUCGCAAUGUCAAUGAGGAUUUGCACAAAGUUCAUGAUUUGACACAGUAUGGACGAGAAGAAUUCCAGGUUGAAGAGAAACAUGUAAAACUGUCUAAGAAAAUAAAAGGAUUUUUUAUUCACAAUAAUGCAAAGCAAGCUCUAGAGAUUAUUGCAGUUGAUGUCAUUAACAGUUGUAGAAGUAUGAUUGAACAGUUCACACAAUCCAAAAGUGAUUACCAAGAGACAUUUACAAAAGAUGUGCUUGAUAAAAUUGAUGAACACCUUAAUAAAGCAGGCUUCAAAUUCAAUACCAUAUUUGAAUUUGACCUGAAAUUGCACAUUUGUGGCAUUGCCUCUCGGAAAUUCCUUGAUAUGCACAGGAAGUAUAUCACUGAGCAAGAUCCAUUAAAUCAUGUACAGAAAUUUAAGAGGCAGUAUCUCUCUGAUUUCAUUGAUUUGUACAGAGAGAGGGACCAGUGCCAGAGUAAAUCACAAGACUUCACUCAGCUCUGUCUCAAGCCAGCAGUGAUCCAAUACAUCAACCAGUCCCUCGGACCUGACAUUGUUGAUGCAGUUUUGGAACAUAAGUCUACUGAGUAUAGUUCACGAGCACUGUUUCAGUACACCAUCCUGAAGGAACUACUGGAAAAAUCCAACUUCAGUGACUUUGUAGAGUAUAUUUUACAUUAUGAGAAUUAUGUCAAAGACUGGAUAUACAAUCACAUCAUUAAAUGCUUCUACAAAGACAUAUCUUUGCAAGAAUUGAAAAUGAAGAAGCUGGACAGAGUAGUUAAAAAGAUCACUAAAGCAGUAGAAGCAUCUAAGCUUGAAGCCAAUGGGUCUCCUUUGCCCAAUAAUGCAGAAGGUACCACAAUGUUUAUCCAGAACCUUUGCAAAGCUAUGAGUGAUGUCAUCUCAAUAUCCAUGAGCACAGUGGAGAGGGUCCUGUUUCAGAACUCAAGCCUCUGUGACCCAUUCAUCAAAAGUCUCUAUAAAUGUAUUAAUGAUCUAAAACAGCAAAUAUCAAAGGAGAUCUCAGGUUCAGUGGAUAUCAUUGAGACACUGAAAAAUGUGUCAGUAAAACCCCAAGAAGAGCUUUUCAAGAGGGUGUUUGGAUGUGGGAUGGAGUGUCCCUUUUGCAAAACACCAUGUGAGGCAGGGGGAGUGAAACAUCAGCUACACUUUGCAGCUGUACACAGACCACAAGGACUUGCCAUGUACUCAGAUUUGGAUUCUGGUUUCCUUUUUGAGGAAAUUUGUACAUCUAGCGUACAUGGAAACGGGACAUUUAUAAAUUAUGAUACAAAUUUCCAACGUCAUCCGUACAAAGACUACCAGACCUACUACCCAGACUGGCAUAUCGCACCUGACAUGUCUAUAGAGGCCUCAGACUACUGGAAGUAUGUGCUGGUGACAUUCAAUAAGCAAUUUGCUGAACGGUCUGAAGCAAAUCCAGCUGUGUAUCCAGGUGCAUGGAAUAAAAUCACAAAGGAAAAGGCUCUUAGUAGUCUGAAAUCUACCUUAAAUAUGAAUAUGAAACCUUAAAUAUGAAAGUUUGUUUGUAGAGAGUCCAAACACAUUAAAUAGUGCUGAAAAAAUUAAUUGUUGCUAAUUUGCCCUUUUGAAUCCGUUUGGAAAUUGAGUGGAGAAAAAUGUCAGUUAAGUUUUGGUAAUCAUUAUUACUAAAAUAUAGAAUCAAUCUUAAUAGCAACGAGACUUAGUCAAUUAAAUAUUGUGAAAUAAAAAUAGAUUGUGUGUAAUAACUCACAAUAAAUUAACAAAGCAAUUAAAUCUAAAAUAGAAUAAUGAGCACACAUGUGAUGGUUUGUAUUGUAUUUGAAUGUAUUUGUUAUUUUACCGUCAUAAUUAUAUUUAUUAAUUACUUUGUUCCAAAAUACAUAUUGUAACGGCAAGGCCAGUUCUUUUGAUUUUGAGAUUAAACUUUUAUUUCCUGAUAUUUACAUCUAAAUGUGUUCAACAACUUAGAACAUGACAUUCCAGACCACUCAAUUUUAGGUGAGCAAAAGUAUAGGAACUGAUAGCCUUAAAGUAAAUGAAAGUAAAUAAUGCUUAAUCUUUGGUUGCAUAGCUCGUUUGCAAUAAAUGUAGCAAGCAGGCUUGUACUGAUGCUUCUUUCUGUUUUUGUUUGUUUUGGGGGAUUUCUCCCUUCAGUCUCUUCUUCAAAAGGUGAAAUGCAUGCUCAAUUGGGUUAAGGUCUUAUGAUUGACUUGACCAGUCUAAAACCUUUGACUUUUUUCCCCUGAUGUCCUUUGUUGUGUUAGCAUUGUGUUUUGGGUCAUUGUCUUGAUGCAUGAUGUUAUU